GCAUCACGAGAGCGAGAUUCUUCAUUCUCAUUAUUAUUUUGAAGAAAAAACAAUUCCUUUCCUUCUCUUAUGAUUUUCACCGCAAAAAAAAAAACAAAAAUUCCAAAACAAAAAAAAAAAGUCGAUUCUUCGCUUUGCCUUCAAAUCUCUCCAAUCCAAAUCUCAAUCACCUUCCAUCGUUAUCCCUUUCCUUAUUCACUUUCUUCGCGAGCCGCGAGAUCUUUGAAUCGCAUCCUUAAUUUUGGGAUACUGAUUGGUUCUUGUCUUGUUUAGGAUUCCACGUUAUAAUUUCUCGUGGUUUUUUAGCUGGUAGGGCUUGAACUGGAGCUAAGUUUAACGCGAAUUUGGAGAUUUUUGGGUUUUUCUUGCGUGGUUUGUUUGUUUGUUUGGAAUUAGGGUUGUCGAGCGAACAUGGAGAAGUACGAGCUGGUGAAAGACAUUGGUGCUGGGAAUUUCGGAGUUGCCAGGCUCAUGAAGGUCAAAAACUCCAAGGAACUUGUUGCCAUGAAGUACAUCGAGCGUGGUCCAAAGGCGAGAUACUUCUUCCAGCAGCUUAUAUCCGGCGUUAGCUAUUGCCAUGCUAUGCAAAUAUGCCAUAGAGAUCUGAAGCUCGAGAAUACACUCCUGGAUGGAAGUCCUGCUCCACGUCUGAAGAUCUGUGAUUUUGGUUAUUCCAAGUCCUCUCUGCUGCACUCGAGGCCCAAAUCAACAGUUGGAACUCCAGCAUAUAUUGCACCUGAGGUCCUUUCUCGGAGAGAAUAUGAUGGCAAGAUGGCUGAUGUAUGGUCUUGUGGUGUGACUCUUUAUGUCAUGCUGGUUGGAGCAUACCCAUUCGAAGACCAGGAAGACCCCAAAAACUUCAGGAAAACGAUACAAAAAAUCAUGGCUGUUCAGUACAAGAUCCCGGACUACGUCCACAUCUCACAGGAUUGCAAACAUCUCCUGUCCCGUAUAUUUGUGGCCAAUUCACUUAAGAGGAUUACCAUUGCGGAAAUCAAGAAACACCCAUGGUUCCUGAAGAACUUGCCAAGAGAACUCACAGAGACAGCUCAAGCUGCAUAUUUCAGGAAAGAGAACCCCACCUUCUCUCUCCAGACUGCUGAAGAGAUCAUGAAGAUAGUGGAUGACGCCAAAACGCCUCCACCUGUUUCCAGAUCGAUUGGAGGUUUUGGCUGGGGAGAAAAGGGAGAUGGAGAGGGGAAAGAGGAAGAGGAGGAGGAAGUGGAGGAAGAGGAGGAGGUGGAGGAAGAGGAAGACGAGGAAGAUGAAUACGACAAGACUGUAAAGGAAGUACACGCAAGUGGAGAAUCACUGAUGAUACUGUGCAAUUCCUUUCAGAGUCAGCUCCCUGAAGUUCAGCAAGGUCCUCAAACUAAUUGGUCAGAACACGCAAAGGCGUUCGAGAGUCCAUCGUCCGUGACUAAGUUUCUGAGCUCCAAUUUCCUUUACGCUCUAGAAAGUCAAAAGCCUAGAAGAAACAGAGAUAUGACUGCAAGGUCAGUUGCCUUUCCCAUUGUGAACGUGCAUACUUUGGCGCACCCGCAAAUUGCAAAGGCUUGGCGUGCUCUUUCAAGUCUCUCAAUAAACAAUGCCUACUUAAGACCUGGCAUUACUCCCCCCGUUGAUGAUGGUGGCACCAAUGGCUCAUAUUCUGCAAGAGAGAGAACCGCUGUGAAAGUUACAUCUAAUACUAAUGGACCUUUUAAUACGAACAGUCAACAAAACCAAAGUCACAUGAGUGUUUCAGGAAAUGGAAGAUACUUUCCACGGGUAAAUGAUGAGGUCAGAGAAUCAGAAACUAGUUGCACGCAUUUAAAUGGUGUGGAGAAACCAUUCAGGAAUUCUGCAGUCCCAGCUGAGCAGUUAGAAACUGGAGAGGCAUGUAUUGAUGAGAUUGAUGACGAUGAGAUAUUUCAGAAUAUUGAUGUCGACCAAAUUCUGAUGGAACACUACCAAUCAACAAGUACUCCUCAACCAUCAGUAUCUAAUUUUCCAUCGAGAACUCCACCUGUGGAAAGAAGUGCUUCCAGAAGAGAAGAAGAGUGUUGUCUGCCUCCUGAAUUAUGUUCCAACUGUAGUCAUGGAAUAAAGCUAGGGAUUUGUCCAGAAGCUUCAACCCAUUUGGAACAAAUGAAGAACGUGCUGAUUGAAAUAUCAAACGAACUCAUUGACAAUGCUACUGAUCUGAGUCCUGAUCGUGUUGAACAGCUUCGUCAAGAGAGGUUACAGCUUAAGAAGCAAAUUCAGCAGCUCGAGAACCAUAUCCAAGAUAAAGAAAGGCAAAAAUCUCAGUCUUUGUCUUCGACAGCUACUCCUUCUUCACAGUAUGAAACACCUAAAUCAACAAAUCUAAAAAUGGAUCAUCCACAAACUGAUUCUCGAGCACGUUUUAGUGAGCAAGGCAGAUAUACAUGUGAUAGCUGGAACAUGCCAAGAGAUUCUUCAUUUUCUGUAGAUAGGUAUGGUCUUUCAUCUGCUCCUGCGGAAAGAGAACAGUAUGUUCCGAAGAUUAUAGACGUGACCUACACUGAAGGUUCAAAUGACAAAAGGUGGAGCAGUCGUGAUUUUCCUUGGACAAGAAAAUUGGAGGUCAGUAACAAAAAAGUUUUUGGAAAUCACUCUUUUCGACCCAACCAGAGAGAAAUCAUCAAUGCUACAAUGAGUGGCUCUGAUGUUUUUGUUUUGAUGCCAACUGGAGGAGGGAAGAGUUUGACAUAUCAGCUCCCCGCUCUGAUCUGUCCAGGAAUAACAUUAGUCAUUUCUCCACUUGUGUCACUUAUUCAAGACCAGAUAAUGAACCUAUUGCAGGCCAAUAUACCAGCUGCUUCCCUAAGUGCCGGCAUGGAAUGGGCUGAACAACUGAAGAUCUUUCAGGAGCUUAGUUCUGAGCAUUCUAAAAGCGAUUCUCUUUUGCGGCAUCUAGAAAACUUAAACUCUCGUGCUUUGCUUGCUCGAUUUGUUAUUGAUGAAGCUCAUUGUGUGAGCCAGUGGGGACAUGACUUUCGACCAGACUACCAGAGUCUUGGUAUUCUGAAGCAGAAGUUUCCCAACAUUCCCGUGCUAGCUUUAACAGCUACUGCAACAGCCAGUGUGAAAGAAGACGUUGUACAAGCCCUUGGCCUUAAUGCUGCUUACCAAGUAGUUUGCAGAAUGGACUGCGAGAAAGUCGCUCAAAGGCUGCAGGUUGGUCAAUUGUAUGUUGAAGCUUUAUCAGUUCCUGUGCAUCCCACAAAUAUCAUGUUCAAGCGUAGAAUUGGAUACUAUUUUCAGGAGUUUGGUCACAAAGCAGCAUUCUACCAUGGGAGUAUUGAGCCUGCUCAACGUGCCUUAGUACAGAAACAAUGGAGCAAGGAUGAAAUCAAUAUAAUAUGUGCUACUGUGGCCUUUGGAAUGGGAAUCAACAAGCCUGAUGUUCGCUUUGUUAUUCACCACUCACUCCCAAAGUCUAUAGAAGGCUAUCAUCAGGAAUGCGGUCGUGCUGGCAGGGAUGGCCAGCGAUCAUCUUGUGUUUUGUAUUACGGUUAUGGCGACUAUAUACGAGUGAAGCAUAUGAUUAGCCAAGGAGGAGUUGACCAAAGCCCCAUGGCAACUGGUUAUAAUCGUGUGGCAAGUUCGGGGAGGAUACUUGAAACGAAUACUGAAAACCUUCUCCGUAUGCUUAGAUACUGUGAAAAUGAGGUGGACUGCCGACGUUACCUACAACUAGUCCAUUUUGGGGAAAAGUUUGACUCCACAAACUGCAAAAAUACGUGUGAUAAUUGUUGCAGUAGCCAGAGUUUGGUUGACAAAGAUGUCACCUUGAUUACAAGGCAACUGGUUGAACUGGUGAAGCAAACGGGAGAAAGGUUUUCUUCAUCUCAUAUUCUUGAAGUCUACAGAGGUUCCUUAAACCAAAUGGUCAAGAAACACAGACAUGAGACUUUGCAGCUCCAUGGAGCUGGAAAACAUUUAUCGAAAAUUGAAGUCUCUCGCAUCGUGCACUAUCUCGUCACAGAGGACAUUCUCGUGGAAGAUGUUAGGAAAAGUGAUGUGUAUGGAUCUGUGUCAUCGUUGCUCAAGGUGAAUAAUUCAAAGGCUGCCUCGCUCUUUUCUGGAAGCCAGACUAUAAUGAUGAGAUUCCCUUCCUCUGUAAAAGUAUUAAAGCCGACUAAACCCGUGGCAACCCCAGCAAAAGCUCCGCUAACAUCAGCAGAUGCUCCUCCAGAAGAUGUGAAUCUCUCCGUCAACAUGUACACAGCCUUGAGGAAGCUUCGUACGCUUCUUGUCAAAGAAGCCCCUGAUGGUGUCAUGGCAUAUCAUAUAUUCGGCAAUGCAACGCUUCAGCAGAUGAGCAAGAAAAUUCCGAGAACCAAAGAGGAACUCCUCGAGAUAAGUGGCCUCGGAAAGGCCAAAGUAAGCAAGUACGGUGAUCGGUUGUUGGAAACAAUAGAGUCAACGGUCAGCGAGUACUAUGGAACCAAGAAGAAAGACUCCAUCAUUAGUAAGGAGAGUCCGGACUCAGGGAAGAGGAGAAGAGACGAGAACACUAGUCCGAAUGUAGCCGGUGAUGAUGAUUUCGCAGAGAGCUCAAGCCAGUCCUGCAAAAAAACAGUGAGAAACAAAAGCAAUGGAAGGGAAUGUGUAGCUGGAGAUGGAGUAGGUAUGGUCAUGGAAAAGCUUGAUUUUGAUUUUGAAGACGAAGAUGGGUCGGAGAUACGACCGGAGGGAAGAGUACUACCUUGGUGAAGUCGUGUGACCACUGUAACAUUUUAAUUGUAAAUAAUUUUUGUAAACUUCUAUGGCCUCCAUGUACCAUAAUGAUCACUAGAUUGCAGAAAUUAUAUAUACAGUAUGUUGAAUUCUAUGAUGAUCUUUCUAAGUUCGGUACAAUUUAACCAAUCUGCAAGGAAGCCAAAAUCUAAGAAUUGAUUUUCGAUCGGAUUA